AUGCAUCUCUCACACCCUUUCAUCAUAAGCAUGGCAGGCCUCGCCGCCGCCGCCGCCAAACCCCCCUCCAAAGACGCAAUCCUCCUCUCCAAAGUCCAAUCCCUCACCCUCCGCGGCGGCGGCGCAACGACAACCCACCGCCGCGUCCCCGCCGCGCCCCAGCUCAAGUGCCUCUCCCACCCGUCCCUCUGCAACCUCCACGCCAUCGACGUCAUGCGCUGCACCAACAACGGCGCCGGCUACGGCCCCGAAGACAUCCAGUGGUCCUGCGCCGCCUCCCUGCCCGAGGAGCUCAAGCUCGGGUCCACGGACGUCGUGUGCGAAGGCUACGCCAACGCCGACGACCCAUACGUCCUCCGCGGCAGCUGCGGCGUCGAGUACCGCCUCGCUCUCACGGACAAGGGCGAGAGGCGGUAUCCGAAUCUGGGCAAGGGACGUGGCGGUGGCGGUGGCGGCCGUGGUGACGAUGACGAAGGGACGGACUGGGGAGCCUAUGUCUUUGGCGUUAUCUUCUUCGCCGUCCUGGCUUGGAUUCUCUACUCGGCGUGCGUGGCCGGCACUCAAAAUCGAAGGGCUGGUGGAACCGGUCGGCGCCGUGGAGGCGGCGGUGGUGGGCCCGGAGGAGGUGGCGGAGGCGGAUGGAACCCCGGCUUCGGUCAAGACGACGAUCCUCCCCCGCCUUACCCAGGCACAAAACCCUCCAGCUCAAGCAACCAGCAGGGAUGGCGCCCUGGCUUCUGGACUGGCGCGGGGGCUGGCGGAGCCGCGGGCUACGGCGCGGGUUACUACCAGGGCAGAAACAGCGCGCGGAACCAGCAAAACUACGGCUCGGGAUGGGGCGGUGACACGACCAGCGGUUCCGGUUCCUACGGGGCUGGCCCGUCGAGGUCAACCAGCUCCUCCUCAAGCUCGACCCGUCAUGAAAGCACCGGAUUUGGGUCGACCAGCAGGAGAUAG